AGAUUCUCAUUUUAGGGCAUGUGGACAAAAGCUGUCAUCUUUCUCAUAACUAUCUCUUCCAUCCACGGAUCCGUUAUGAUUCAACAGGCUAAGAUUGGAGAAACUGUCAAACUCGAACUGGGUUCCGAUGUUGUGACAUGGAAGCGCGUGAGAAAGGGUGAUGUAGAAGAGUUUAUCAAAUACUGCGGACCCACUGAAAAAGGUCCAAGAUGCGCACAAUUCGUGAAUGCGGCCAACAAACCAGUCCCUCCAGCAACAAAAGCUCAUGUAGAAAAGGAUGGCACCCUUAUCAUCGAAUCUUUCAAAGCAACCGAUGCCGGUUUGUACUCGUCAUCUGAUCAAAAGCCAUUUGUCAAAAUUUUGCCGCGUGGAAGCCAAAUUUCUACCCUUCGUCCUCAUAUAAAACUUGUCGUCCAGAAUUGAAUGUCGUUACCUUGUCAUCUAUUAGGGUGUCCCAUAAUUAUUUACCGUUUUUACCAUAAACAUCAGCAU